UUCUCACAAAGCAAAACCCUCACAAAGCCCUCCCCCUCCACUGUGGGCAAACAGUAACUCGGAAAAUGGCUUGGCGCUCAGCUGGUUCGCUUUCUCGGUCAUUGGUGUCCACCGCUAGGGUUUCGUCGCUUCGCUUGGCGCCCCCUCUCCGUCGCCUCCGCCCGCCGUCUCUCUCUACUCCUCGUCGCCUCUUCGCUUCUCCCAGGAACAUGGGAGAGCUGGGAUGCAUACAAUCGCUUCUGCCAAUGCACAACGUGACGGCUGCAACCUGCCUCACAUCUCACCUGGCUGCCAAUGCGCGGGGGUGUUGCGAGUUGUCACACGGUACCUUCUGCCGCACUUGUCAGGAUCGCUAGUAGUCGCUUUGGAGGAAUGGAAAAGAUGGGUGAUGCGCAAGGACUUCAAAUCAUCUAAAGGCAGGAGAAUGAUCAAUUGUUGUAGGUCCUCUUUCAUUCCCUUUUUUGGACAUUAUAGAUAUUUAACUUUUCAAUCGUGAAUUUGAGUAAAACGAAUGCCGUUUGGUCAAAAUAAUGCACUUCGGUAGCACGUUUUAUAUUCCUUUUUCUUUUUCUUUUUCCUUUUCAGGCUAUUCUAAAUAACUGCUUUGACCAAUUGUUUCCAUAUUAAGUAGGAAACACUAGAGUUGCCAAUUUUGCAAAUGUUCCUGUACAUAAUUUGAUUGCUAGUCUGAAGCGAGGAGUGGGAAUGCCUUGUUGAUUGGAGCAUGUAUUUGCCUUUUCUUCUCUUGAUUAUCAGUUGGGACACCAGCUCCUACUUUUUUAUUUUUUAUGUUUCACGGUAUAUAUUUCUGAUGCAUUCUUAGAGAAGACAUGCUUAUUGUGACCGUUGGAUUUUAUAGUUCACACCUUCAACCUUGGUUGCUGGUUUCACUUAUUUAUUUAUUACCAAAUACUUGACUAGCAAUGGUGUAUGAUUUCUUCGUCAUUCUUACGAACUCAAUAAUUAAGCAAGAAUGUUUUACGUUGAAAUAAAGAAAAUGUAAGAGUUUAUAUGAGCUUGUAUGCUUUUAUUUUCAGUCUGUUGCAUGCAACUUUUUAAUCUUAUACUGAGACAUAAAUGCUUUACUGCACAAAUGAUUUUGACAUUUUGUUCUCUGUUUUUUUGUUGAAGUUUUAUUUUGGAAGAAUAUCAUUCUCACAUGGUGAACGUCCAGUGGAUGAAUAUAAAUUUUUUAAGAAUGUUAUUCUUUUUAAAUUUUCAGCAUGAAGUGUUGGGUUUUUUUCCAGCCCAUGAUAAGUUGUCCUACGUCUAUAAGGAAUUAUAGUCUUAAAGGAUUAAAUUGUUUUCCCAAUUGGAGUUGUUUUCCCAAUUGGAGUUAGUUUCUCAAUAGGAGAAGGAUUCAUAACUAAAUUCCAAUUAGGAUUAAUAAUCCUUAUUGAAGAAGACCUUUAUUAUGUAUAUAUAGAGGGACUAUUGUACUAGUUUUGAAUUGGAGGGAGCAAAACAAUAUUUUGUAUACCACUCAAGGGAUUGGAGUGAGAAAAUGUUGUAAGGGCAAAGUGUGUGCGAGAGAAAAGAAAAGAGAUAGUGUAUUUCUUGUCCUUGUUAUUUCAGGUUUUUCGUCAAGUCCUAGUUCUAGAGAUUUGGCAAGAUUAUUGGUUGUACUCAUUAUUGAUAUAGUGAAAGAUUAUUGUUGCUGUC